GGUUCCACAGUCUUCCGGUCGCCAUUCUCGCUCUUUUGCUCUCGCUCUGUGAGAAAACGUGGAUUUGUGGUGCAGUUUAUCACUAAAAGCCACAAGAUGUUUAUGCCCAAGCAGCACCGUGUGACCAUUUAUGAGUACUUGUUCAAGGAGGGUGUGAUGGUGGCGAAGAAGGACUUCAAUGCGCCCAAGCAUCCGGAACUCGAGAACAUCCCCAAUUUGCACGUCAUCAAGACCAUGCAAUCCCUGGAAUCGCGUGGUUUUGUCAAGGAACAGUUUGCCUGGAGGCACUUCUACUGGUAUCUGACAAACAAGGGCAUCGAAUACCUUCGGACAUACCUGCACUUGCCUCCGGAGAUCGUUCCCUCCACGCUGAAGCGCAACGUGAGGACAGAGACUGCUCGCCCUCGCCCCACAACCGCUCCCAGGUCCGAGGGAUCGAAACCGCAGGAGGAUCGCUCGGCGUAUCGGCGCGCUCCGGCUGGCUCUGGCCCAGAUAAGAAGGGCGACGUCGGUCCCGGCGCCGGAGAUGUUGAAUUCCGUGGCGGAUUCGGCCGUGGCAGUCGUCAGCAGUAAAUGCUUCCCGGGCUCUAUAAAAAUAAUGAAAUAAAGCGGAGAACCACGAGGAAA